CCCAGGACAGGCUCAUGCUGCUGGGACAAGACCCAGGACAGGCUGCUGCUGCUGGGACAUCCAUGCAGCAUGUGGAGGGGAGAAGAAGCAGGGAAGGAUGAUGUGGAGAGCAUGCCCACGAUGGGGCCUCUUUCCUGGGUAAAACUGCACCCUGAUGUAAAGAUUCUGCACCCUUAUGUCAAAAAACGGGGCCUGUCCCCUAAGAUGGGUUAGGCGAUUUGGCCCCUUUUACCCAAAUAUCACAUCUUAAAUCCGAUGGAUUGUCAAGCAUUGCAGCAAAAUAUCAGGGAGAGCGGAUUUUGACAUUUUGGUGUAGGAUUAGGCUGGAUGUGAAGUCUAUGGAGGUUGGCGCUCCAUGGUCCAUGGGUGUGUGUGUGUGUGCGCUGGUGCCCGGGCUUGGUUGCUGGUAGCAGGGGUGGGUGCAGGGUCUGAUGUGGAGACUCAGCGUUUCCCCCGGUUCUCAGGAGGCUUUACUUGGUACACCUGCAGCCACUUGCUGCACUCUUGAUUGCAUGAGCAGAAGGCAGCUGUGGGUACCUAACAUGCCAAUCAACGAAUGACUGAGGAGCAGUACUUAACAGCCCAGGACCGGAGCGGACUUCUUUCCCCUCCACUGUUCACACGGUAAGUUGUGAAGCUCUUAUGCAUCACGCUGGGAAAUGGGGCUCUGUUCCUGGCUUUGAGAUAUUAACACAGCUCGUGUUAUCUUAUCUUAUUUUUCAGAUUCUCAUAUCAACAUGGCGCCCCCAAAGCAUAGUGUUUGUUGCCCACUCUGCCGUUCUGAAUUUACCUAUAUAGGCAGGCACCUAAGAAAUAGUCAUGGCAUUAAAAAUUCAAAAGAGCGAGAAAUAUUGAUCAAGUACAGUAGUGGGAGGGUCAAUAUUAGAAAAAUGCCCUGUCCAGUGGAGGGCUGCAGUUAUGCUAGCACAAGGCUGGACAGGCAUAUUGCUCAAGCUCACCCGGAGAUGGAGGGGGAGAGGAAAGCCCAGGUGAUAACCGAUUUGAAGUACCAGGUAACGGUGCACAUGCUGCGAGCGUUGAGCGCCACAAACCCGAGCCCUCCGAUGGUCUCACGCUUACACAUGGACCCAAUAGCAAGAGAGGAAGCAAAUCGGUAUCAUCCAACAUCAGAACCCCUUGAUGACGAACCAUCGCCUUCAUCCUGCAACUCGUGCAAACAGCUUGAGGCAAAGAACCUGCAGCUUAUAUCCGACUUGGGGCAACUAAGAAAGAAAUUGCUCUACCAGCACAGAUGGGCUGAAAGGGCAAAAAAAAACAAUCAAACGACUGGAAGAGGUAUGUAAAAUGUUUAUUACCUAGCAGCACCUUUACCCAGGACCAGAGCACAUGUGCUGGGCAGGAUAGCUCCAUAGCUUAGGCCUGGUUGUACCGGCAGAACCAGAAAACUUAGCACUAAACCUUUAUUUAACAGGACCGCCAAAAGGCAUCCACAGCCCCGGUUCCAAGUGUGGACGUUGAUGCUCUGGUGAGGAGUGAAUCUUUCUCUCCUGAUGAAGAACAGCAGCACAUCAACAGACCUAAGUCAAAGGGGGAAAGCCGGAGCACCCUCUGUUUGGCGAAAGCGUACCCCAAAUUCCCACCAAGCAUUUUGGAAUACAUCGCGGAAUAUUGGCAGCAUCUCAAAGGCUCUCGUGGUCUGAGGAAAAGGAUCGAAAAUCAAAGAUCCAAAGUGGGUAGAAUCAUGGCUUUCCUUUCGUUUAUAACCAAGGGACAGCCAAUCCUCCAGAAUUGGACUUUCCUUCACAAUAUGUCCAGGAUAUACCAGUGGCCAGAGCAUCUGCAGAAUGGUGGAAAAGCGGAGAACACAGUGAAGACCUACCUGGUAAAUUUGUCCCAGUUCCUGGGCUACUUCAGGGACACCCCUCCCUCCUCAUCCAGGGUUCCAAAAAGAGAAGUGUUUGCCGUGAUUCGUGCUAUCUCAGAGUGUAUUGCAAGCCUGGGUCCACGUGUUGUCAUGCGUCAGAUACGUGUAAAGAAAAAUAAGUUGAGCAGAACCAUCUCCAAGGACCAACUUCGCCUCUGCAAAGUCCUGGCCAGGAGACGCAUCCCUGAACUUCUUGAUGAACUGUCUGAGGACCCCAACCCGGAGGCGCGAAGGAGAUAUUUUGGGUACCUCAGUGUUUACCUAGCAAGCCUAUAUGGACACCGCACCGGUGUUCUAAAGAAUAUGACGGUCUCCGAGGUUGAUGAAGCCCAGAAGGAAGCUACAGUCGGGCAAGCGGGCUUCGUGAUCAAUGUGAAGGAACACAAAACCAACCGUGCGUUUGGCCCCGCACAGCUCUACUUAACUGUAGAGGAAUUCUCAUGGGUGGAGCAGUGGAUGAUCAUCAGACAGAAACUAAACCCACCCACAGACCUUCUUCUCUUCACCGAAAACUUCACAAAAAUCGAGAAACUCAUCGUGCCGAUGCAAGCCGCCUGGCGUGACAUGGGUUUUCCUGGGCGUCCCACAUUCACAGACUUCCGGACAUCAAUAGCCACAUACGCAAGGAAUACUUUGUCACCAAGUGACCGGAUCAACAUUUCAAAGACCAUGUGUCAUGACACGCGGACAGCAGACAAAUUCUACGCGCUCCACCGCACCGCGUCAGAGCUGGCUCGGAUCCGUCAGAAUUUCGAGGCAGCCGUCAAGCCACCACGUACGACGGUACAUGACACUGCCGAACCUUCCCUCCUCUCCAUGUCAGAAUCAUCAGGUAAGGAUGUUGAGGAGGAAGCGGACUGCGCGCCUCCCACCCCGCCUGCCGGUCCUUCGCCCGGUGCUGUGCCGUCCUCACCAACAUCCAGUCAGGCCACUGGAUCAACAAGCCCUGAUCACGCUUCUGAGAGCGACGUUGACUACACUGUUGACAGCGAGUCUGACCAAACCUCCGAGAGCGAGUCUGACCAAACCUCCGAGAGCGAGUCUGACCAAACCUCCGAGAGCGAGUCUGACCAAACCUCCGAGAGCGAGUCUGACCAAACCUCCGAGAGCGAGUCUGACCAAACCUCCGAGAGCGAGUCUGACCAAACCUCCGAGAGCGAGUCUGACCAAACCUCCGAGAGCGAGUCUGACCAAACUUCUGAAUACACUUCGGAGAGCGACCCUUCAUAUGAACCACGUAGAGGGACCCAACAACCCAGAAGAAGGAGACCAUUGUUUACCUACACGUUGAGAAAAAGACAACCAGGGCGCAGCCAAAGUGUACGUGUGCUGAGAUCCAGAAAAACAGUAAAAAAAAUAAUAAAAAAAUAAAUAAAUCAA